AUGUCAGAUAAGCGUUGCUGUGUCCCCGGAUGUAAAGACAGUAAGGGCAAGCUAGUUCUUCACAGAUUUCCAAACCCAGAAAAGGAAAGUGAACGACUUAGGACACUAUACAGCACAAACAAAAAUGUUGAGGAAAUGCGCCGUGAAAUUAUUGAAUUGAAAAAGCAGAACACUGUGCUUAGAACAGAUAUCAACUACAAAGAACAAAUGAAGCGUCUUUUGAAUUUAGAAAUGAAAUGA